CUCAGCCAGAUUUCACAGCCAGAUAUUUCAUUUGAGGUAAACCAAGUAAGUAGUUUCAAUGCAAAUCCAAAUAAACGAAAUUGGCGCGCAGUAAAACGCAUUUUUAGGUACCUAAAAGGUAUAUUGCAUUAUAAAUUACGAUAUUUAAGUAACGAUGAUGAGGAAAUUGUAGGUUACAGCGACGCGGAUUGGGCCAACGACCCAGAAUGUCGGAAGUCUAUUUCAGGUUCAGUUUUUGUAAGAAACGGAGGAGCAAUAUCGUGGAUGAGCAAGCAACAGCGCACGGUGGCUUUGUCCACAGUAGAAGCCGAAUAUAUAGCGUUGGCGACUACAUGCCAGGAGGCGUUAUGGUUGCGUGAAUUGCGUUCCGAAAUUGAACCGACAAAAGCGACAAAACCGAUGCGAAUAUUAGCAGAUAAUAAUGGAGCAAUCAGCUUGAGUAAAAAUGCAAGCAUAAGUCAGAGGUCGAAGCAUAUCGACGUACGUUACCAUUUUCUUAGGGAAAAUGUGAAAUGUAAAAAUAUUGAAGUUAGUCAUAUAAGCAGCCAUAUAAAGUAUAUAAGCAAAGGAUGACAGCGGAUAUUUUUACGAAAUCCUUACUGAAGGAUAAGAUAGAGUUACAUGUCAAAAAUAUGGGUUUAUUUGGUUAAUUUUCGGUUUUGUGAAGUAGAAUUAAGAUAGUUAUUUUAAUUUAAGCAGGCGUAUUGGUGUGAUAAAUUCAAAUAUGUUUAGUUUAAGUUUGGCGCCUAGAAGGUUUUACGUUAUUGGUGGAUCGUAUUUUAUGCGGUUGCGAAUAUUGUGUGCGUUUUUGUUUUUUUUUCGGUUUCCGCGCGGUUUCGUCAGAUUUCGUCUAUGACGGCUAAGCGAAGUACGCAAAGUAAAAGCAUUGCAUCAUUAUUAAAGUAAUCUGCCCAACAGUACGAGUUCAAAAUCAGUCAUAGUGCGGCCCUGGCAACGCGAAAUAUUAAUACGGCUUUCGGCAAAGGUUCCGCUAAUGAAAGAACAACGAAGCGUUGGUUUGAAAAGUUUCGAUCUGGAGACACAAACCUUGACAAUUUGCCUCGUGGACAUGCACCUUUCGUCAUUGAUGACACUAUUUUAAAGGACAUGAUCGAAGUGGAUCUGACAUUAAGGGGGGAGGGUCAAGUAAAUGACCUAAACUUUGCGAUUUUUUUUUCGAAGAGAAUAAUAAAUCGAUUGUUUUGAAAAUUAGUGCAUGUUUUUAUAUAGUAUUUAAACUGCACACAGGAAUUUUUUUAUGUAAAAAUAAUGAAAAUUCAUUGAGCAGUAGCUGAUUGAAGUUGCCUCCUCCGCGAACGCGCCGUGGAUCGCAGCUCAGUGAAUUUUCAAACAAUCGAUAUGUCCUUGUAGAUACAUAUACUUUAACAUCUUCUCUUCAGCAUAUAACGAAACUAAUAUAUUUUAUACAUAGGACGCAUCUGUUCUGUUCACUUUGAUGCAACAGAAUACAAAGACCCCUCAUGGAUGCAACCACUGUUAGGUUAUACAACACCGAAGAAGAGUAAAUUGAAAUCUCAUGCAGUCCCCACGCAGAAUUUAGAUUCAACUAGUGAAGAUGUACAAGUAGCAUCUUCAUCAGUCAAGAGUGAAUAUUAUUAUAUACUGUUUUAUUUCAAAUAUAAAUUUCCAAUUAAGCUUAUACAAUAUAUUAAUUACUUGUUCAUCCUUUCAGGAUUUCAUGAAUCUAAGGUAAUACCAAGUGUAACACCUGCUACAAUACAACCUGAAGACCAAAUGGAGGCUUCGACUUCAAGACAUUCACCACAUUUUGAUAAAGCUGAUAGAAUGUCUGUGAAAUCAGAAUCCUAUCACGAAAUAAAAGAAUUAAAAAGAAAAUGUACAAAGUCGGAGUUACUCAUUAGGACGUUACAGCACCACGGUUCUGCUAUUUGUAAGGAGCCAUGGAUUCUUAAAACAUUAGCGUCAGAAAUUAUGCAAUUACAAGACAAAAAUUGCCUAGUAAUACCAAACAAGGUAUUAUUAUGUUUAAUUCGCACAAGAACAUACAUAUAUCCGUGUUCGAGAAUUAAAUAAACAAUUAAAAAAUGAUGCGUAUACAAGAAAAAAAGAAAAAAAUGAG